CAUAUGCAGGUAUCCAAAGACCUAUCGGCUUCCUCCAAGUGCACUGGAGCGAUGCGAGAUGCAAUGGACCCUCACAUAGAGCUCGCCUCCAGCUACUCCAACGUCCCCCAGUAUGCCUUCGCAUUCUCAAAACGUCAGAAGCAGCUUGUACUGUUCACAGGUCUCAUCAUUGCAUUCAACAGCACCCUUGGCUCGUCCCUUCCGUCCGGUGCCAAGUCAUCCAUUCUUCGGGACUUCAAUCUCGACCCGUCAGCCACGAAAUUCGUUCUGUUGAACUCGCUUUACCAAGUUGGAUUUGCAGUAUCGCCGUUGUUUUUUGCUCCGUUGAGCGAGCACUUUGGUCGCCGGCCACUGCUAGCAGGCAGCUUCAGUUGCUACGCGUUAUGGACGCUUUGCUGCGCGGUAGCGCCUUCCUUUACUGCCUUGGUCAUCUUCCGGCUUCUCGCAGGAUUAAGCGCUGCGGUUCCAAACACAGUUGUCGCCGGGUUGUUCGCGGAUAUCUAUGAAGGGCCUGUGGCGCGAGGUCAGGCCGUCUCAGCGUUUUUGGUCGUAGCAGCGUGCGGUCCUCUGGUAGGACCUCUUAUUUCCGGAUUCAUUUCGGUGCACCUCGGCUGGCGAUGGACCUUUUGGGUCGGUCUAAUGUUGGCGGGUGUUGGACUGCCGUUCGUGUGGUGCCUGCCGGAAACAUAUGCCACGGUGAUUGCAACAAAGGCAUCCGAGAAGUCAUCGCAGGAGAUGCCGAAAGCUGCAAUGCAGCAACAAAUAUCUAAUCUGGGAACCACACUGAAGAGACCCUGGCUAAUGAUGAUCAGAGAGCCGAUCUUGCUACUCACGGCUCUGUAUCUGGCUCUUGUGUAUUCCAUGCAGUACUUGUUCUUCCAAAGUAACCCCAUCGUGUACGGACAGAUAUAUGGUCUAUCAGAGGAUCUGAUCGGCCUCUCUUAUAUCCCGAUGUUGGUGGGGGUGCUCUGCGGCUUCCUCCUCGCGCACUGCUUCGGCCUCCUAUACACAAAUGCGGAACAGAAAAACCGCGCCUGGACCAACGAACCUGAGUAUCGUCGGCUACCGCUUGCUUGUGUCGGUGCUCCAUGCAUACCUAUUGCUCUUCUCGCACUGGGGUUCACGUCCGACCCAUCGAUACAUCCAGCCGUGCCGAUGGUUCUCUCUGGUAUCUUCUUUGGCUUUGGGUAUAUUCUCGUCUUCUUCGCAAUGAUCCUCUACCUUUCAGAUACGUACAAGCGCUAUGCUGCUUCGGCACAAGCUGCUGCAAGCACGACUCGAUCUCUUGCAGCUGUUGGUCUCCCCUUUGCUGCUUCAGCAUUGUAUCAAGACUUAGGUGUCAUAUGGGCAGGGAGUGUCCUGGCCAUCGCAUCCGGAGUAAUGGCGGUCAUCCCCUUCAUGUUCCUCGUUUUCAGGAGAAAGUUGAGGGCAGAGAGCGCAUUUGCUGGCUGAUCCAGUUCAUCAAAUGUCAGACAUUCGUGUUCAGUAUCAUGUGUUAAUUUAAGUAUCGCUGGACUCCAAGCGAUAGAUCAAUUUAUACUGUCUGGAUGCAAUUGAUGACCAGAUGCUGGAAAGCAGGUGAGCGACCUGCGACUCGGCCCGAUUCGGUCGCGCACGCCACAUUUGCGCUGGGAGAUGUGCAACGG